AUGGCAACCGGGACUUGCUACAGGUACGACCAGUUCGAUCACUUUAGCAAGGAUUGUGUGAGCAAAGGGAAUGCUCAGAAACCUUUGGCGCCAACACAAGUUUAUGUGCUUGUUAUAGGAGAGACGAAAGGAGAAUCGGAAGGAGAAUUGGAAGUGGUGGCAAGUAUUGUCCCUAUACUUGGAUUUGAAGCUUCAGUUUUAUUUAAUUCAGGGCCUACCCACUCUUUCGUAUCUUUUAUGUUUGUAAGAUUGUCUAGACUUGUUGUACGAACUUUGGAAACCGGUCUUGCUGUAACUACCCCCGUAGGCAAAACUGUAGUUUGUAAGUGUGCAAUAUGCGGAUGCCCUAUACACAUCUGUGGAAGGAUACUUCCUGCAAACUUAGUUGUUCUCCCUAUGAAUAGUUACAACGUUAUUCUCAGGAUGGAUUGGUUGGUGAAGCAUCUGGCAGUUAUCGACUGCGCUCGGAAGCAAGUUACGCUCAAACUGUGGGGAGAAGGAGAAGUUACAUAUGUUGGAUCGCGAAUGAGGUCUUUCCCUCCAACCAUUUCGGCCGUUCGGGCCAAGAAGCUCAUUCUCGGAGGAGGUCAAGCAUUUUUGGCAUUCGUCAUCACCGUAACGAAGGAAAAGAAGAAGGACCUACAAGAUAUCCCUGUGGUGUAG